UGCUUUUUUGCAGGUGCCGAAUGUAACCUAGAGAGGAACCAGAAUGGUUCUUAUCGAGUAAAGAUAUCUGCCAGUGCUACAAAAGUUUUGGUCGAAUUGAGACGACCUCUGGAGCAGCUUAUGAAUGGGAAGAUCUUGCAAAAUGCUGAUAUUACUCCAGCAGUUAUACAGCAACUCUUUUCACGAGAUGGUGUCAUGCUUUUGAAAUCAAUUCAGCGAGAUACAGGAACCUAUAUACUAUUUGACAAGCAUAGCCUAAUUAUCAGGGUGUUUGGAUCUGCUGACAAGAUUGAUGUUGCACAGCAGAGGCUUGUCAAAUCACUUCUUGCGCUACAUGAUAGUAAGCAACUUGAGAUCCAGCUUCGUGGUGGACUUCUACCUCCUGAUAUGAUGAAGAGAGUAGUUCAGAAUUUUGGAUCAGAUCUUCACGGUCUUAAAGAAAUGGUUCCCGAAGCAGAGUUCUCUUUAAAUGCUAGGCGCCAUUGCAUAUCUAUGGUUGGGACCAAAGAAUUGAAGCAAAAAGUUGAAGGCAUAAUUCAUGGUAUCGCACAAACUAGUUUACAAAGUCAAGGAAAUGAGGACGAUUCUGCCUGUCCGAUUUGCUUGUGUGAAGUGGAAGAUGGUUACAGGCUCGAAGGUUGUACACACGAGUUCUGUCGGUUAUGCUUAGUAGAUCAGUGCGAGUCUGCAAUAAGAAGUCAAGACAGUUUCCCCUUAGUCUGUACCCAUAACGGCUGUGGGGCUCUGAUUCUGCUUACAGACUUGAGGUCUUUAUUGUCUAGUGAGAAGUUGGAGGAACUUUUCAGGGCAUCCCUGGGUGCAUUUGUGGCAGGGAGUGGGGGCGCUUAUAGAUUUUGUCCUUCACCUGACUGUCCAUCAGUUUAUCGAGUGGCAGAUCGUGGUACUUCAAGCGAACUAUUUGCCUGUGGUUCGUGUUUAGUGGAGACAUGUACACGGUGCCACAUGGAGUAUCAUCCAUAUGUGACAUGCGAAAAGUACCAGGAGUUUAAAGACGACCCUGAUUCUUCGUUGAAGGAAUGGUGUAACGGGAGAGAGAACGUGAAGAAGUGCCCAUGCUGUGGUUUCGCAAUUGAGAAGGUGGAUGGGUGCAAUCAUGUCGAGUGUAGGUGCGGGAGGCACAUUUGCUGGGUCUGUUUAGAGUUUUCUGUGAGCAGUGAGGAUUGCUACGGUCAUCUCAGGUCUGUACACGGGGCCAUCAUGUGAUUUACUGUAGUUCAUUAUCUUUCGUACUCGCCAGCUUAUAUUCCCGUGUUAAUAUCUAUAAUAGCAUACGCAUAACUAGUAAGAGUAGAACAAACCCAGGUUGUUGCUUCUGUAAAUAUGUUUCGAGCAUGCAGUUUUAACACUAUUUUUCCGAAAUCCUCUUUCACUCUGUGCCCAAUUGCAAGUGCACACGUCUUCUAAUGCAUGAAGAUGUGCAUACAGUGUAUAUAAACUUGUUUGCAAAUGCGAGUGUGGAUUGAUAUAUUCAUGGUUGAGUACCUUUGCUUGA